AAGCCGGCGGCGAGCUUAGUGUUGUAUAUAGACCCCUGUUUGUCGACGGAAUACGUUGCUGCCCCAGCAUCUGCGCACAGCGCGAUAGGACACCAUCACAGUCUUCGAUCUUGCCUGCUUUAGGUGCUUCAGCACAGUCUUCGAUCACGUCGCCAGCUGCAGAGUCACUGUAGCCAUCACCGUAGAAUGCAUCGUCUUCACCCAGAUUACCGUGCGAUGAAGGCAGUGGUGCUGGUGACGGCGGUGGCGCUGGCAGCAGCCGGCUGCCCGCCCUACGACGAGCUGGGGCGGACCGUAUACCUGCCGCACCCGCACGACUGCGCGCGCUUCCUGCGCUGCGAGGCGGGGAGCGAGGUGCCCGGGCUGUGCCCGCAGGGGCUGCACUUCAGCCCCGCGGCCCUGGUCUGCGCCGCCCCCGCCGCGGCGCGCUGCGCGGCCUCUCCCCCCGCCUGCUCGCGCGGCGCUCCCCUCGCCAGGUGCCGCUACCACUGCACGUGCGGCGGCGCGGGCGUUAGCUCCUGUCCCGCGGAGCUGCAGUUCCCGGCGCAGCUGCUCGUCUUCAGCAACCUGUCCUCCUGCACCACAGGCCCGGAGGACAUCGCCGUGAGCGCCACGAAGCUGGGCCGCGUGGCCACGAGCUCGGCCGCGGCGCAGGUGGCGCUGUGCGCGGCGGGCCGGGGAACCAGGGGCGGCGAGGACCGCCGGCACUACGCCGACUGCGCGGCGGCGGUGCGCUGCGAGGGCGCGGCCCAGGCUGUGCUGCGCUGCCCCCAGGGCCUGCUGUACGACUCCGACCUGGGCGUGUGCGGCGACCCGGCGAGCGUGGACUGCGGCCCCGCGCCCGCCCCCCCGGGGGGCUGCCCCACCGCGCAGCCCCUCUCCAGCUGCCGCUUCGCCUGCGACUGCCACCAGUCGCACGGCAGGUGCCCCGCCCAGCUGCAGUUCCGCGCCGUCGUCAACAUCACCGACACGCGCACGCACCCGGACUGCCUCAAGGAUCCGUCCCUGAUCUCCAUGGAGGACAGGUACCGGGGCAGGGUGUGGGUGGAGCGGGACUCGGCCAGCCUGAACCCCUGCCCGGCCAGCAGCCUGAGGAGGGUGCAGUACGUGGCGGACCCGCUGGAGUGCGGCAGGAUGUUCAGGUGCAGCAGGGGCCGGGCGCGGGCCGCCUCCUGCCCCGUGGGGCUGCACUACGACCCGCGCGCGCUCGUGUGCCGGCGCGGCGCCCCGCGGUGCCAGCACGAGGAGGAGGAGCAGGAGGAGCAGGAGGAGCAGGAGGAGGCGCGGCCCCUCUGCCCCGCCGCCGGCACGUGCCCCGCCGCCGGGGGCAGGCUGGCGCACCUCUCCGACUGCUCGCUGUUCUGCGAGUGCGAGCGGGGCGCGCCCCUGCUGGUCGCGUGUCCCCCCGGCCAGCACUUCAGCCCGCAGGCGCAGGCCUGCACCGCGCCCGAGACCGCCGGCUGCAUCACGCAGUGCCCGAGGCUAGCCGCGGUGGACGGCGGCCGGUGGGAGCCGGCGGGCUGCGACGCCGCGGACAGCGACGAGGGGGCGGAGUGCCGCCUGGCGUGCGACGCCGACCGCCAGCUCGUGGGCAGCGCCGUCAUCAACUGCACCGCCAGGGGCUGGAACGGCUCCGGCGGCCUCAACCUCCUGCCCAGCUGCAACACCACAGAGCAGGUUGCCAAGAUCAUCCUGAACAAGAUCAACCAGACCAUGACUGCGAUAAAGGAGAUGGACCAGAAGGCAGGGAUGUUGUUCGUGCUGGACGAGUCCGGCAGCGUGACGGAGGCAAACUUCCAGAUCGAAAAGGAUUUCGUUGAAGCAUUAGUAAAUGCGUUCCCGCUGUCGCAGAACCGGUCGGCCGGGGUGAUCACGUUCAGCGGGCCGGGGGAGGCGGCCGUGGACAUCGGCCUGAGGCAGACCUCCACCUGCGACUUCCUCGACGAGCUGAAGAAAGUCGCCUACAGCGGCGGCUUCACUGACAUGGCCGGCGCGCUAUCCCUCGCCAAGGACGAGAUCGACUACAGCGCCGCGGGCGGCAACCAGUCCAUCACCCUGAUCUUCGCCAUCACGGACGGCCAGAGCCAGUCGGACCCGGCGGACGCGGCCAGGCUGCUGCGGGACAGCGGACACACCUUGUUCGCCAUCGGCGUGGCCAGCUACGACCGCGCGCAGCUGGAGCCGCUCGCGUCCACCUACAAGGACGGCUCCAAGCUCUUCUUCGGCCUGCCCAACUUCCAAGUGUUCCAAGUGGUGGCGGAGUACCUCAAGACGACUUACAAAAACAACGUAGCUCUUACAUGCACAUGAAGACAGCUUGGAGUAUUUCCUCGGCACAUCUGUUGCUCAGCACCUCACGAUGUGGACAGUUGAUUCUUUAUAGUUCAUAUAUACUUCUGCACGUGCCUUACAUGUAACUACACUGUGUUACUUCUAUAUGUUUGUACUUGUAUUAAACAUUUUGUAUGUA